AUGGAAGAAAUCCGUCAACUAAAAGCGGACAAGACAAAAGAGAAAGGAAGCCAGCAUGACCCAAAGCAUGCGGCAGACAGAGAAGAGACACUAGCAGGAGGUGUCCCACAGAAUGCAGAACAUUGUUUCAUUACUAUGGCUGAAGCUAUAGCGGUGUCCACUGGAGAACGGAAAAAGAAAACCGAAGGGAGGGAAUAUGAUACGCCCCCACCCAUACCGUGUACUCCUAAGGAACUGGACGUGCUGCUAGAUAAAUGGAUAUCAGACGGAAUCUUUAAACCCAACCAGGUUUCCAAAGAGCCCACAGAGGAAGAAAGAAGAGACCCUCGCUUCUACCGCCUGCACAACUAUGUACAACAUCCCACUGCAGAAUGCUGGGCGCUUCGCAGACUGGUGCACUGCAGGAUUAAAGAAGGGACACUGGAGUUAACCCAGCAGGAGAUCCAAAGAAACCCAUUCCCGAGUCACAAGGGGAAGGGUGUAGCAGCAGUGGUAACAUGCGCAAACCCGGGGGAGGACGAGGAGGAGAACCCAGCCCUGCCUGCCACAGCAAUUACCACCCUACAGCAAAGCACCAAAUUCAAAAAUUUGUUUGACCAGUUGGGACUCACAGCAAAGGAAAGAAAGGUAGCCACAGAGGCUUUGGAAUCAACAGAGAUCACUUUUAGCAAUAAGGAUAUAGAGGUGGGAUACCCAGAUCACAGGAGGCCUCUCUAUUUGGCAGCAUCCAUAAACCAAAUCCCCAUCAAGAGGGCCUUGAUAGAUACAGGUGCUUCCGUAAAUCUCAUUCCAUUGAGCACCUUGCAAGCGGCAGGAAUUUCAGAAAGAAAGAUCCAAGGAUGCCCAAUGGAAGUAACAGGGUUUGGCGGAAGGGGUGAGUACACCGCAGGCCAUAUCCAGCUGUGGUUGAAAGUAGGCCCUAUAGCUUCUUUAGCUCGUUUCCAUGUGGUCAGAACGGAAGUAUCCUAUCAUGUACUUUUAGGAAGGCCCUGGUUGCACAAACACCGAUUGGUCCCGUCCACUUAUCACCAGUGUGUGAAAGAGAGAUUGAAUGGCAUGAUGAUACAUAUAGCUGGAAACCCCUCACCAUUCGAGCAAGCAGAAGCUUGCCUAGUGGAAACCAUGUUUUACGACCAAUGGACUCCAUCUGGGGAAAGCUCAGUUUCAAAGCCAUGA